AUGAAGACUCCCGGUUCUGUGCUGCUGUUGCUGUGGGCAGCUGUGGUUGCAAAAGAGAGUAAAGAUCUCCAAGACACUACAGUCAACGACUGCACUCAACAAACCUACCAGUCGGACAUCCACGCUGUGCUGAGAGAGAUGAGCGCUGUGGUGGUGGAGCAGAGAGUGGAGCUCAGAUACACUAAGACACAGGUGGAUCAGAGAGCUGUUAUUGAGGAGCUGAAGGAGAAACAGGAGGAGCAAGCAGCAGCUGUGAGAGCUGUAGGAGGCAGUGUGAACCUCACGGGGAGCCAGGUGGAGGAGCUGAGGAGAGAGAGAGAGGAGAGGAGGGUGGCCUUCUCUGCCUCACUGGUAGCAUCUGGUGCAGGAACUACAGGACCCUUUUCAGCUGCAACACCCCUGGUCUACAGACACGUCUUUACUAACGUUGGCAAUGCCUAUAAUCCACACACAGGUGUCUUUACAGCUCCAGUCAGAGGGGUCUACCACUUUGUCAUCCAUGUCGAUGGUGUUGGUCAUGCAUCUACAUGGACUGGCGCCUCUCUUCAUAAAAAUGGAAAGCAUGUUGUCAUGAUACACAGUCGGCAGUCAAAUGGCAGAUUGAGUUCCUCUAACGGAGUUUCACUGCUGCUAGACGUGGGAGAUGUGGUCUAUGUUAAGUUGUGGCCCAAUUCAUGGGUGUUUGAUAGUUAUAACCACCACACCACUUUCUCUGGCCACCUGCUCUUCCCCAUGUGA